UCAAGUACUUUACGAAAAUCUGUAUAUAAAUCAUUUUUCAUUUUAAGUUACAUUCACUAAUCGCAUUAAUUUGGUAAAAUGAAAUUAAGUGUGUGCUUGUGUAUAUUUGCCCUCUCGGCACUGUCUGUGCAGGCAAAAAGUGUGAAAAAUGCCCAGGACACUGGCAAAGUAAUUUACUGUUACUUCGAAAGUUGGACCGUUUACAGGCCUGGCAAUGGAAAAUUCGACGUAGAAAACAUCGAUCCAAACCUAUGCACUCACAUUGCAUUCACUUUCCUUGGGUUGAACGCUGAUGGGUCCAUACAUAUUUUGGAUCCAUGGGAAUCUGAUCCAGAUGGUCUUAAUGGAUUCCAACGUUUCGUGGCCCUCAAAAACCAAAACGCCAACCUCAAAACGAUCAUCUCUCUCGGAGGAUGGAACGAAGGCUCCCAAACCUACUCGGAAGUAGUAGCAGACGCGACAAAACGUUCAACACUAGUAAAAGAAGUUUUGGCUUUCAUUCAAAAAUAUAACUUCGAUGGUUUCGACUUUGAUUGGGAAUAUCCGGCCAAGAGAGACAGCGUAAACCCUGCCGAUAAAGAAAACUUUAUUUUGAUGUUGCAGGAGCUGAAAGCUGCCUUUCAACCUUAUGGUUACAUUCUUUCUGCUGCGGUCAACAGUGCUAAAGUAAACAUAGAUGGUUCUUAUGAUGUAGCAGCUUUAUCUCAGAUUUUGGACCAUAUCAACAUUAUGGCCUAUGAUUUCCACGGCGCCUUUGACAAUUACGUGGGUCAUCAUACAUUACUUUAUUCUGCUGAAAUUGAUGCCCAAUACAAUAACUCUGAAUGGAAUAUCGAUACUGGAGUUAACUAUUGGUUGUCUCAAGGAGCUGAUCCAUCCAAGAUUAACUUUGGCAUUGCCACUUAUGCCAGAACAUUUACCUUGGCUGAUGCCACUAAUACUUCUCUGUACGCCCCUAUAAGUGGUGGUGGUACUGCUGGACCAUACACUAGGCAAGAUGGUGUUUUGGGUUAUAAUGAGAUCUGUGAAGCCUAUCCAAAUCGCGUAGAUAUUUGGGAUGAUGAGCAACAAGUUCCCCAUUUCGUAGUGGGCAACCAGUGGAUUGGUUAUGACGACAAAAAAUCAUUGGGUGUUAAAGUGGACUACGCAUUAUCCAAGAAUCUUGGUGGAUUUAUGGUUUGGAGUUUCGACACUGAUGAUUUUACUGGUCUUUGUGGUGAAGGCAAAUAUCCUCUGAUUAAUACUAUUCACACUUCUUUGGCUGAGAAAGGCUACAGUUUAAAGAACAAUAAUUAAAAAUAUGUAUAUGUUUAAUGAAAGAGAAUUGAAAUAAAUUAUAUUUUGCUAGAAAA